AUGUUGAAUAACUCUCACUCAUAUUUUCAAACUAUGUCGAUUACACAUACGCCUUCUGACGGCGUGUUCGACGCUCAGUGAUUAAUGUAUUUUCUAUUAUGGCAAUUGAACGCAUUGCGCAUGCGACGAAUUUUAUUAUUAGAAGGACGUUAAACGAGAUCACACGGGCCUACGGGAGGCCGCUAAAGACUGUAAAGUGUCUGUUGUGUUUACGUCAAAAGUUUGCGGUUGAUUUUUUUACAUUCCUCUCUCUCGAUGUAGUUGUAUAAAAUUGUUAAGUUUAAGUGAAAUAGCUCAUAGUGCCGUGACCCUGACAUUGCGAAGAUGACGAUUAAUGGGAAUGAACAUGGUAAAAAUGACGUUAAUUACAGACGAACCCACGUGACAAGUUUCGAAGUUGGCUCGUCCCAAACGUGACAGACCCCACGAGAAACGCGAGAGAGUGUUUCUAAGGAAAGUGUUAGAGGCGGCGCCCACACUCGCCGAGCUAAGACAAUACACGGGUGUCUUGUUAUGUGGAUUAUCAAUAUGGGGAACAACGUGGUUCCUCUUCCCAAACGAAGUCCUGCCGGGCAGGAACCUGUUCAACAUGGCCGGAGUGGUAGCUGCAGGAUAUGUCUUCGGGCAUACAUUAGAACGAUAUACCACAAUCAACCCCGUAGUGGGUAUGACCCUCAUCGGGGCGCUCUACAGAAAUUUUGGACCACCAAAUUUUUUAGACUAUAGAGCUCCUGAUACGAUAGAUUAUCAUUUAAGACGAAUUUACCCCGUAAUUAUCCUGACGAAGGGGCCGCUCGGGUGGAACUGGGAUUACAUAAAAAAUAAUUCGGUAAAAGUUUUUUCAUUGGCCACUCUGCCCUGGAUCGUCGAGUGUUUGUCUACGGCCUUCUUCACUCACGUACUACUCGAAUUUCCAUGGUAUUGGGGUUUACACUUAGGAUCGAUUUUAGCGUCGGUAUCGCCAGCAGUAGUGGUGCCUACAGCGAUGGCGCUGAGCGCUCGAGGACUCGGAGCCAAGAACCAGAUAGCUCAGCUGGUGGCCAACGCUGGAGGCCUCGACACUGCCUUCACUGAAGGCAUGUUCGGUGUCAUCAACGCAGCUAUAUUCUACCCAUCGCCUCCAGUAUAUAGAAUAGUAAAGGCGUUGCUGGCGAUAUUUGUGGGUAUUGGCAUGGGGGUGUUUUGGGGGGUGUUGGUGGACUUCAUCCCGCAGCACAACGAUGUGUACUCGCCCACUAUACGGAGCCUCCUCAUGCUGUCCGGGGGGGUGCUGCUCACCUACGCUUGCGGAUACUUCGGCUGGGGCGGCACGUCGGGAGUUGCAAUCAUGGUGUGCGCGGGCGCAGCAGCGACGCGGUGGUCGCGGCGAGGCUGGCCGCUCAACGACAACCCCGUGGCUGAAGUGUACAAGCUGCUGUGGAGGAUCUUCGAACCCAUGCUCUUCACUCUCAGCGGGUAUUACUUAGAGGUAUCGCAAAUCUCUGUAAAGGAAUUGUGCCUCAUAAUAGCUUGCUUAUUCGCGGCAUUAUUCCUUCGAGUGUUGGCGGCGUUCCUGGUAUCUCUAGCCAACGAGUUAUCUGUAAAGGAGAGUCUAUUCAUUGCUGUUACUUGGAUACCGAAGGCUAUAGUAGAGGCUGUGUUGGUGCGGGUGGCCGCGGAUUCCCUGUGGACGGACGGCGCCACCAGCCAGGACGAGCGGAUCGCUGCCCAGCACUCCAAUAUCAUCGUUAUCGCCAUACUCAUAACGUCCACAUUGGGGUCCGCCCUGACCACCAUCUUAGGCCCGAUUCUCCUCUCACAGGACUCGCGAGUCGCCCCCGAAGAAUUUUACCGGACACAGACGCUGUCGCCGCCGCCCCUGUCAACAGAUGCCAGCAGAAAGAAUAAUAAUACCUCGAACUCUUUACAAUAUAUAGAUAUUCAAUAAAUUUUAUAGAUUA